UGCCCGGAGUCUAGACGCGCGCGCGCUCAUUCCCGCGGACACACGUUGAGACGGCGGGGAAUCGAACCGGGCUUCGUGCACACGGUCCGCCGCGCGGUCAGGAGGGAGUCGACGGCCCCCCCCGGAAUAAUUAAUUCGCUGGGAUAUAUCACAGGCGACAUUUUUUGGUGGAAGAGAAACGAGGAGGGAGACGACGCGUGUCCCGGAGCGGUAGCUGGCAUUCGGCCGUCAGGAGGCAGCGGAGCACCGGGUCUCACGGACAUCACGGAGGCUCCGGGAGGCUCCGGGAGGCGGAGAGAAGACUCGAGACCCUGCGGUGCUGGGCAGAGCGUUAUGGCUCAGACGCUGCAGAUGGCGAUCCCCAACUUUGGCAACAACAUCCUGGAGUGUCUGAACGAGCAGCGGCUGCAAGGCCUCUACUGCGAUGUGUCCGUGGUCGUCAAGGGACACGCCUUCAAGGCCCACCGCGCCGUGCUGGCGGCCAGCAGCUCCUACUUCCGGGACCUGUUCAACGCCGGCGGGAAGAGCUCGGUGGUGGAGCUGCCGCCGGCCGUGCAGCCGCAGAGCUUCCAGCAGAUCCUGGCCUUCUGCUACACGGGCCGCCUCAGCAUGAACGUGGGCGACCAGUUCCUGCUCAUGUACACCGCCGGCUUCCUCCAGAUCCAGCAGAUCAUGGAGAAGGGCACCGAGUUCUUCCUCAAGGUAACGUCUUCUCCACGAGGUGCUCAAGACCCCACGGACGCGUUAAGGCGGGGCUCGUGGAAAACCUGGACAAGUCAUGAUAACAAAGAGGGCUCUCCCUACUCUGUGGUCUGCACCCCCGUCGCCAAGCGGCUGUGGGAGGGGGGCAACAGCGGGGGGGGGUCUGGGGGGGGAGGCGGCCUGAGGAAGGCCGCCCGCUACUCCUCCUGCUCCUCCUCCAACAACAACAACGCGGCUAAUGCCGCCAUGGUGGGCGUCGCUGCUUCAAUGGGAGGAGCCGGGCUCAACGGCAACAACAACAACAACAACAACAACAACCACCACAACGGCGGGACCCCCGACGGCACGAGCCCGGCCGCGCUGAGCGUGUACACCAGCGACUCGCCCAUCAGUUACCACGACGACGAGGAGGAGGACGACGUCACGGACGAGAGCGCCGAAGAGCAGUACCGCCAGAUCUGCAACAUGUACACCAUGUACAGCAUGCUGAACGCCGGGGGGGCGGGCACAGUGGUGGGCGAGCGUGUGGAGGCUCUGCCGGACGCGGCCCCGGACCCGGGCGGCGGCCGCGGGGGCCGGGGGGCGCGGCCCCGGCAGGACCUGGCCUCGCUGCCCGCCGAGCUCGUCGGCCAGAUCGGAAACCGCUGCCACCCCAUGUACGAGGAGGGCGACCCGGCCGAGAAGCUGGAGCUGGUCAGCGGCACGCAGGUGUUCGUCUCGCGGGCGCAGCUCAUGAACUGCCACGUCAGCGCCGGCACGCGCCACAAGGUGCUGCUGCGCCGCCUGCUGGCCGCCUUCUUCGACAGGAGCACUCUGGCUAACAGCUGUGGCACCGGCAUCCGCUCCUCCACCAACGACCCGAGUCGGAAGCCGCUGGACAACCGGGUUCUGCACGCCGUCAAAUUUUACUGCCAGAACUUCGCCCCGAGCUUCAAGGAGAGCGAGAUGAACGCCAUCGCGGCCGACAUGUGCACCAACGCCCGCCGCGUGGUCCGCAAGAGCUGGAUCCCCAAGCUGAAGCUGCUGAUGGCCGACAGCGACGCCUACUCCGCCUUCCUGGCCGACAGCGUGAAGAUGGAGGCCGACGCCCUGGGGGCGGAGCAAGGGUUCGAUCCCGCCUCCCUGGAGGCGGUGGCGGCCGCCGCCGGCAACCACAACGGAGCGGGGGGCGGAGCCACGCAAGCGGACAGCCUCCACGCGGCGGGAGGAGACGGCAGCACUUUGUUUUGAGUGAGUGGAGGGAGAGAGGGAAGGAGGGAGGGAGGGAGGGAGGCUGUGUCUCUGGGGGCGGGGCUAAGAGAAUGGCGGCCAUGACGGCUCUCACUCACCCGCCUUCUUCUUUUGCACCUCUUUUUAUUUUGUUCUGCUUCCCUCAACGACCCACAAUGCCUCACUCCGGUCGCCCCUACCCGGUCGAUGCAAAGGUAGUCGAGAGAAGAGGUCCCACUCCUCCUCAUUCCUCUGCAACUUUUUCGAGGUCGAACUAUUUCCACCUUUUAUUUUUGUAAUGUUUUUUUGAGAGUGCCGUCACUGAGGCUCUUCUGACCAUAAUAAUCAGACAUUCCCAGGGGUGCGUUGGGGUUGGGGGGGUCAUCCUGUGAUGCCCCCCCCCCCAAUACUCCGGUAACACUGUUGUUUUUGAUAUUGAAUGUAAGCGCGGCUCGAGCCUUCUUGUUUUUAUAUUUGUAUUUUGCUUUAUUUUUCUUGUGGAGAUGAAGAGAGAGCGUGGGCCGGACGAGGUCGGAUAUGAGUAUUGAUCUGUAUAUUGGCAUGGUUUACGACCCCCCCCCCCCACGCCGCUCUCUAACCCCGAGAGAAAAGAACCUCCCCAUCCGUUUGAUCCUAAAACACCAGUUCAGUUCCCACUGAGUGUUUCUGUGGUUCUUGAAUGCGUCACGAUGAUCGUCAAAGAGUUGAGCGGGCGAUGAAUGCACUGUUACUUCCUGUUGGAGGACAAUCCAGAUGCGUCUCUUUUUAUUUAGUAUUCGCAUCAGAAAGAGAAGAAGAAGGGAAAGAUAAUCCAAUUUAUAUCUCUGGCCAUCAAUCCCCUUUGUAUGCCUGCCUUGUGUGUGUGUGUGUGUGUGUGUGUGUUCUUUUGUCUUCAGCUCAUGUUUAAAUCGUUCCUCGGGCUCUGAUGCUCGCUUGGCGUGGACAAAGGUGCUAAUUCAGGCGUUGGUACAUUGCUGGGAAUACGUCUGUGUGUGUGUGUGUGUACGUCUGUGUGUGUGUGUGUGUGUGUGUGCGCUGCAGCAGCAACAACAGAGAGAGGGAGGGAGAGAGAGAGAGAGAGGGAGAGGGAGGCCAGACGGUGUGUUUUCAUACAUGCUUGGUCGAUUCAUUCACCCAUCUCAGCGGUACAGACACACACACACACACAGACUGAGUGUGUGUGUGUGUCACAUAUUAAUGUAUGUAUGCAGUUUUCUUCUCUUCUUUUCUUCCCUCCAUCUCCUUUUAUGGCAUGUUAAUGUCUCCUCACUCCGGAGAGCUUUUGACUGUGUGUGUGUGUGUGCCCCCCCCCCCCCCCCUUAUGGGACACGGAGUUGUUUUUGUGUUACUGCACCUUUAAUGAUCAGACUAUUGAUGAGGGAAGUCUGGACCAAUCAGAACGUCCACGAGAGACGCAGCCAGUCAUGAGGAGAAUAUCGACCAAGUUUGAGGAGGAGGAGAAGG